UGGAUUCCAAUAAGGACCUGUGGAUUCUGUCCUCCCCUGCUUUCCUGAGUGGAAGGCUAUCCCCUGCCCAGGCCUGCAAGCUUGCUAGGCACUAGAAACCCCAGCAAGAACUCUUCAUGCCAGUCAAACCCAUUGGGUGGAUAUGUGGACAUGUGUUGAAGAACUGUUCUGGAAAAAUGGAGGGGAUCCAGAAAGUAAUUAUGGACCUUAUAGAUGAGUUUAAAGAUGAACUUCCUACCAUCCUAAGAUUAUCAGAAUCUAAUCAGAAAAGAGAACCUGUGCAGAAAAAAUCCAGAAUGGCUAUCACUUUAGCCAAGAUCAAUCGGAGAGCAUUAAUUCAAGGAUUAAACAACAUAUCCAGAUCUUCCCAGUCAGUGGCCAAACUUCUGCAUCCUAAGCUUACAUGUAGAAUUUUGGAGUUAAGGGACAUAUCUUGUCGUCUGCUGAGAGAAGUUAAUGCACCAAGUCAACCAGUAUAUAACAUUCAGGUCAGAAAGGGUUCUUUGUGUGAUAUCGUUUCCUUUCCAGCAAAGACUGCUUUAACUAGCAUAAUAUAUGCUUCAUAUGCAGCACUAAUUUAUUUGGCAGUCUGCAUUAAUGCUGUGCUGGAGAAGGUAAAGCACAUUUUCCAAGAAGAAGAAUCCAUAAGGCAAAACAGAGAGAGUGAAAAUUUUAGAAAAGCCUUUUCAGAGCCUGUGAUUUUGGAGCCUGCAUUUCCUGAAGGUGAAAUCAAAGCAAAACCUUACAGGUCAUUGUCGGAGAAGCCAGACAACAUUUCAGAUCUCCCCAAGCUUCCUGCUAAUAAGCAGAGUAAUAAGAUCCAGGUUUUACAUUCGGUGUUUGACCAAUCAGCUGAAAUAAAUGAAUGAAGAAAUCUAAACACAAACAUCACUGCAGAGACCUUGAAUUAUCUAUGAAAUGGCACAUUUCAUCUGAUUAAAAAAAAAAGAAAAAAAAAAAGCUCCAGGGUGAGGAUGGGGGAUACUACUAUGCAACUGUCAUUCUCUAGUAUUUAUAUGGUAGAGAAAAUAAAAUGAAUCGAUGUAUAAUAAA